CGUGCGCCGCGCCGCCCCGCUCGGCUCCACUCCGCUCCCUCCUCCUUCUCCUCCUCCUCCUCCCCCCUCGGUCCUCCCGUGUGUGUUUACAAGUGUUUGAACGAGUGCCAGAAACGAGGAAAGAAGGAGGAUAAAGCCCAGGAAGGAGGGAUGGUGGAUAAUUCCAGCAGUAGUAAGGCGCAAAUGCCCAGCAUGUCUCAGGAGCCCGGCGUGGCCUUCCCUCAAAGCACCUCCACUGGGGGAAUGAAGCUGGAGGCCGUCAUGGAGCAGCUCCAGCGCCAGCAGCAGGCCCGCCUGGAAAUGGAGCGCAAGGAGAGGAAGCUACGAGAGGCCCACAUCAUGUACGCCCAGCAGGUCGCUGCUCAGCAAGCCAUCCUGGCGGCCGCCCGGGCCUCCGGGGCCGGCUUUAUGGGCAAGGCCCUGGCCGGGGGCAUCCCCAGCGGCGGAGGGCUUCCCCCACGCGUGUCCAAUCAGAGCAGCGUCGACUCGGAAAGGGAGGACGACGAGGACAGAGGGCGAGACUCCGGCGACGAGGACGACGACACCGAGAUGAUGGAGGGAGACGAGGGGAGCGACGAGGACGAGGGGAGCGCCAGCGGCCUGGAGUUCCUCCGCAAGCAGACCCUGGCCCUGCAGCAGAACGCCUCCCGCAUCCCGCCGCGUCCGUUUGGCAGCUACGCCGCGUCGGCCCCACAGAGGGCCGCCUCGCCGCCCAUCAGAGUGAAGCAGGAACCGGACGAGGGCCUGUCUCCUGCGGGGCCGAACUCUGCUACCUCCCCCAACGGACAGGCCGACUGGAGCUUUGACGAUCACUUCAGACAGAAUGGCAGCGCAGGAUGGGCUGAUGAGGCCGACAGUAGCAGAGGAAGAGGAGAGGCCUCCAGAGACUUCGCUAAGCUGUACGAGCUGGACAAUGACCCCAAAAGGAAAGAGUUCCUGGAUGAUCUUUUUACCUUCAUGCAGAAAAGAGGACUGUAG